AGUUCGGUGCCAGCUGCGUGGGCUCCAGCUUCGUGCGUUUUCCUUGGAAUGCUCCAAAACUCGGCAGCGACUAAGGAAAUCCCAUCGCAAUUUACCGGGCGUGCUCUCACCGGCCGCAGAACCCGUGCCGCCCGCUACAGGAUCGAUCACUUCAGCCUCCAGAUUGCAACUUUGCAGAGUUAAAGAAAUAGCAUGGCAUGAACCAUGGCUCAAUUCUAUUACAAAAGAAAUGUUAAUGCCCCCUACAGAGAUCGCAUCCCUCUGAGGAUAGUCCGAGCAGAAUCCGAACUCUCACCAUCAGAGAAAGCCUACUUGAAUGCUGUGGAAAAGGGAGACUAUGCCAGUGUCAAGAAAUCCCUAGAAGAAGCUGAAAUUUAUUUUAAAAUCAAUAUUAAUUGCAUCGAUCCUCUGGGAAGGACUGCUCUUCUCAUUGCAAUUGAAAAUGAGAACUUGGAGCUCAUUGAACUACUCUUAAGCUUCAAUGUCUAUGUUGGAGAUGCUCUGUUACAUGCUAUCAGAAAAGAGGUCGUUGGAGCUGUUGAGCUGUUACUGAACCACAAAAAGCCAAGCGGAGAAAAACAGGUGCCUCCCAUACUUCUUGAUAAGCAGUUCUCUGAAUUCACUCCGGACAUUACACCCAUCAUUUUGGCAGCCCAUACAAAUAAUUAUGAGAUAAUAAAACUUUUGGUCCAGAAAGGUGUUUCAGUGCCCCGACCCCAUGAGGUCCGCUGUAACUGUGUUGAAUGUGUCUCCAGUUCAGACGUGGACAGCCUCCGUCACUCACGUUCCAGACUCAACAUCUACAAGGCCUUGGCCAGCCCCUCUCUUAUUGCACUGUCAAGCGAAGAUCCUUUCCUCACAGCCUUUCAGUUAAGCUGGGAGCUUCAGGAACUGAGUAAGGUGGAAAAUGAAUUCAAGUCUGAGUAUGAGGAGCUGUCAAGACAGUGCAAGCAAUUUGCUAAGGACCUCUUGGAUCAGACAAGAAGUUCCAGAGAACUGGAAAUCAUUCUUAAUUACCGAGAUGACAAUAGUCUGAUUGAAGAACAAAGUGGAAAUGAUCUUGCAAGACUAAAAUUGGCCAUUAAGUACCGUCAGAAAGAGUUCGUUGCCCAGCCCAAUUGCCAACAACUCCUUGCAUCUCGCUGGUACGAUGAGUUCCCGGGCUGGAGGAGAAGACACUGGGCAGUGAAGAUGGUGACAUGUUUCAUAAUAGGACUUCUUUUUCCCGUCUUCUCUGUGUGCUACCUGAUAGCUCCUAAAAGCCCACUUGGACUGUUCAUCAGAAAGCCAUUUAUCAAGUUUAUCUGCCACACAGCCUCCUAUUUGACUUUUUUGUUCCUGCUGCUGCUUGCCUCUCAGCACAUCGACAGGUCAGACUUGAACAGGCAAGGUCCACCACCAACCAUCGUCGAGUGGAUGAUAUUACCGUGGGUCCUGGGUUUUAUAUGGGGAGAAAUUAAACAGAUGUGGGAUGGAGGACUUCAAGAUUACAUCCAUGAUUGGUGGAAUCUAAUGGAUUUUGUGAUGAACUCCUUAUAUUUAGCAACAAUCUCCUUGAAAAUUGUUGCAUUUGUAAAGUACAGUGCUCUUAACCCACGAGAAUCAUGGGACAUGUGGCAUCCCACUCUGGUUGCUGAGGCUUUAUUUGCUAUUGCAAACAUCUUCAGUUCCCUGCGUCUGAUCUCACUUUUUACUGCAAAUUCUCACCUGGGACCUCUACAAAUAUCUCUGGGAAGAAUGCUCCUGGACAUUUUGAAGUUUCUAUUCAUAUACUGCCUUGUGCUGCUAGCAUUUGCAAAUGGCUUAAAUCAAUUGUACUUCUAUUAUGAAGAAACCAAAGGAUUAAGCUGCAAAGGCAUACGAUGUGAAAAGCAGAAUAAUGCAUUUUCAACGUUAUUUGAGACACUUCAGUCCUUGUUUUGGUCAAUAUUUGGGCUCAUCAAUUUAUAUGUGACCAAUGUCAAAGCACAGCAUGAAUUUACUGAGUUUGUUGGUGCCACCAUGUUUGGGACAUACAAUGUCAUCUCUCUGGUUGUCCUUCUCAACAUGUUAAUAGCUAUGAUGAAUAAUUCUUACCAACUUAUUGCUGACCAUGCAGAUAUAGAAUGGAAAUUUGCUAGAACAAAGCUUUGGAUGAGUUACUUUGAAGAAGGAGGAACUCUGCCUACUCCUUUCAAUGUCAUCCCAAGCCCCAAAUCCCUCUGGUACCUGAUCAAAUGGAUAUGGACACACCUAUGCAAGAAAAAGAUGAGAAGAAAGCCAGAAAGUUUUGGAACAAUAGGGGUAAGAACACAGCAUAGGAGAGCUGCUGAUAACUUGAGAAGACAUCAUCAAUAUCAAGAAGUUAUGAGGAACCUGGUGAAGCGAUAUGUCGCAGCCAUGAUUAGAGAUGCUAAAACUGAAGAAGGACUGACAGAAGAGAACUUUAAGGAACUAAAGCAAGACAUUUCUAGUUUCCGCUUCGAAGUUCUGGGAUUACUCAGAGGAAGCAAGCUUUCUUCAAUACAGUCUGCACAUGCCACGAAGGAAUCUUCCAAUUCAGCAGACUCAGACGAAAAGAGUGAUAAUGAAGGUAAUAACAAGGACAAGAAAAAGAAUUUCAGCCUUUUUGAUUUAACCACUCUGAUUCAUCCGAGGUCAGCAGCAAUUGCCUCCGAAAGACAUAACAUAAGCAAUGGCUCUGCCCUGGUGGUUCAGGAGCCACUGAGGGAGAAGCAGAGAAAAGUGAAUUUUGUGGCUGAUAUCAAAAACUUCGGGUUAUUUCAUAGACGAUCAAAACAAAACGCUGCUGAGCAAAAUGCAAACCAAAUCUUCUCUGUUUCAGAAGAAGUUGCUCGCCAACAGGCCGCAGGACCACUUGAGAGAAAUAUUCAACUGGAAUCCCGAGGAUUAGCUACACGGGGUGACCUGAGCAUUCCUGGUCUCAGUGAACAGUGUGUAUUAGUAGACCAUAGAGAAAGGAACACGGACACAUUGGGUUUACAGGUAGGCAAGAGAGUGUGUUCUUUCAAGUCAGAGAAGGUGGUGGUGGAGGACACUGUUCCUAUAAUCCCCAAAGAGAAGCAUGCGAAGGAGGAGGACUCAAGCAUAGACUAUGAUUUAAGCCUCACAGACACAGUCACCCAUGAAGAUUAUGUGACAACAAGAUUGUGAUACUGGAAGGAGGAAACGUUUACCAUACACAUAUAAUAUAUAUAUAUAUAUUUUUCCCAUAGUGCUCUGGGUGGGGGAAAAUGUUUAAAAUAAAAUUAGCAAAAGCUAACUUACACUUUAUAGCAUUUAUCAACUGUGGCAUAUUAACUUGUAACAUGUUGUUAUUUCAAGGCAAAGGCAAUCAAGAACCCUUCUGUUUUGUAGCCUGCUUUUGCUUUCACAAUUUGUUUUUCAAUUGUUUUUGUUAAUAAAUAAACGCACCUUGUAUUCUUGUACUGUUGCAAUCUCAGAAAAUUUUUAGCUACCUUUUUCAAUUAAAACAAAUGCAAUUUCUUUCAUGUGGUAGUUGACUCCUAUAAUAGAUAUUUUUAUAUGCAAAAAAAAUGUAGCUGAAAUAUUAGAGCUUUUCAUAUUGGGCGUGGGGUGGGGGGGAAUCUCUAGAAAUAAUUCCUCACCAAGGACUUUUCAUCCAGGCCUACAGUUUGGUUUUAAAACACAAUUAUUCCCAAAUUAUUUCUUAAGAAUGUGUAAAUAAUUAUAGUACACAAUUAAAGCAAGCUAAUCUUCUUCUCAUGGUGUCAUAUUGAACCCUUUCUUAAAAUGAAAGCCAGGUGUAUUUGAGUUUUAGGUUGUCACAGUGUCUCCCUUCCAUAAGUAAAUGUUUGUCUCAAUAAUUUUUGAUGACUUAUGAUUUUAAUGAGAUUUUUUCAUAAUAAAACUUACAUCUGCAAUUCAAAAAGAUUUACCUGUUUCACGUUUCACCGCUUAUCAGUAUAAACAUGAACCUUUGUGAAUAACCAAAUUUCAAAAAUGUGGCAAAAAUAAUAAAUUAGAAUGAUUUAAGCACAUAAACAAAGCUACAUGAUUGCAUACUUACAAUUUUGAGAUGAAAAGGAAUUCAUGCUAAUGGUAUAGUUCUGUACAAAGUAAAAUUAUAAUAUUUUCAAUCACACCAUAUUGUUGUUAACUCAAACAAAAUCCUAGUAGUUUUCUCUUCUUUCCCUCGGUGACUGAUAUAUAUUGCUUUAAAAAAUAUUAUUGCUCAGAAAUAAUUAUUAACCUUAUCAGUAAAUAUAGAUAUGAUAUAUAGUUUUCCCUGUAGGGACUUUUUUAAUUUCUUAUUUCUUCUGUUGUUUGCAAGAAAGUUUAGCUUGUGUUACAUUCAUUCUCUGGACUAUGAAAAGGAAAGUGUUUGGACAUGAUAUAAAAUGGUACUGACAACUUCUUAAAGUUUUCAUUAUAUUACUUGUUUCUAUAUAAUUCCCAGAGGAAAUUUUCCUUACUGCAUACACUUAGCAUUUAUUUUAGAUCAAAAGGAAAAUGUUGAGUUUGUUUUACUUCAAAAAUUUCCUCUGUGGAUGACAGAAAUCAUAUAAUUAAGCAAAAAUGGCGUAUUAUGAAAUUCAGUUUCUGAUUACUGUACAUCAAAAAUGAGGAAUAAUAGUAAUAACAAUGCCAACCACUAUUCUAUGCGUAU